CAAAAUAAAGAACAUUAUAGAACAAUCCUAGGGGGUGAGCACAUCAAAAAAAUUAGUAUGCUUAAAGCAGGCUGAGCAAAAUCAGCUGCACACAAUACAAUAGAAAAAAUUGAUUACAUUAAAGCUGAUGCCAGAUAAAACUUUGUCGCUUUGCGUGACAUUUGUAACUUUGUCAGAAAAGCGAAAAACGCAAAGGAGAUGCCACAAUAAACGCUUUGACAACACUCUCUUGUUUAUCGUGAAAGUAGCACUGAAUUUCAUAAAUAUACAUACAUACGUGAUUUUUAUAAGUUUUAAAUAAAUAUUCUGGAUGUUUUUGGACGAUAUCUUAGAUAUCUUGUUAUUAAUAGUGCUAUUAAUGCAUGAAGCCUUGACGUGUUUGGAAAAUAUUUCAAGGCGGCGGGUAUGGGUGAGGGAACUUUACCAGGAUCGGGACAAUGCGGGCCUAUUCGCUGCCACUUUCGAAAAAAUGUAUCAGCGCGAUCCGGAGCAGUUCAAGAAGAGUGUUCGGAUGACCUGUGAUGUGUUCGACUUGUUGCACCAAUUUCUGGAGCAACGUCUUACAAAAUCAUCCAACAGGCCGUCGAUAUCCUCAAAAUGCAGACUUUUUUUAACAUUGACGUAUCUGGCACACGGGGACAGCAGGCAAACACUUGCCACGGCUUUUAAAAUGGGCCGCUCCACUGUAGCUGCCAUAAUCAGUGAAGUUUGUGAAGCAAUUUGGCAGGAAUUGGGGGGCAUCUAUCUGUCAGUUCCGAAAAAACACGAGUGGAAGCGUAUUGCGACUGAUUUUAACACCAUGUGGAAUUUUCCAAACUGCGUUGGUGCGGUGGACGGAAAGCAUAUAGCGAUAUCAUGUCCCCCCAAUUCCGGCUCUUUAUAUUAUAAUUACAAGGGCCAUUAUUCCAUAGUACUCUUGGCAAGUUGCGAUGCAAACUAUACAUUCACGACCGUCGAUAUCGGGGCAUAUGGUUCCCAAAGUGACGGCGGAGUACUAUGGAACUCUGAUGUUGGGCAGCGCCUAUUGAAUGACAAACUAGAUUUACCGGAGGACGAUUAUCUGCCUGGAACGAACAUUAAAUUCCCUCAUUUUAUGGUUGGGGACGCUGCAUUUCCGCUAAAAAAUUGUAUUAUGCGGCCAUAUCCGGGAGCAAGUUUGCCUCUUGACCGUGAAAUAUUUAACAAGCGUUUAUCCCGAGCACGAAGAGUUAUCGAAAACUCUUUUGGCAUUCUUUGCGCUCGCUGGAGAGUUUUACUAUCACCAUUAUUCAUGCACCCACAAACAGCAGAAAAAGUUGUGAAAACGACAGUGUUGCUCCACAACUUCGUAAAGUUCCACGAUGGGAGUUACUGUCCCGCUGAUUAUGUUGACCAGUACAAUGGCGAAGAAAUUGUAAAUGGUCUGUGGAGAAAAGAUGUUUCAACCCCGUUACGAAAUCAUGGUCGCAUGGCUUGCAAUAAUGCAGCAAGAAGUGCAUUUGCUUUAAGGGACCAAUUAAAGGACUACAUAGUGUCCAACCCAAUUUGAUUUAGUUUCUUUGUGUUGCAAGGUAUUAGCUUUUGAAUUUAAAAAAUGAAAUACUAUGUAUAAGUUACUAGAGACCUGUUAAUUCUUAAUACUUAAAUAUAUCGUUGCCUUGAUAGAAAAAGGCCCUAUCUAAAAU